AUGUCCCCGAGGCUGCCUCCUGGCCCUCUGCCCCUUGGUACAGGUGCCCACUUGGCACAGGUGGCGCUUCGGAUCCGCCCGCUCAGUGACACAGAACUGGAGGAAGGGGCCACCGUCAUCGCCCACAAAGUGGGAGACCAGAUGGCGGUGCUCAUGGACCCCGACGAGGACCCCGAGGACACACUGCGGGCACACCGGUCACGGGAGAAGACUUUCAUUUUCGACACCGUUUUCGACCAGCAUGCCUCACAGGAAGAUGUGUACCGUGCCACCACCCAGCACCUAGUGGAAGGCGUCGUUUCUGGAUACAAUGCAACGGUGUUUGCCUAUGGCCCCUCAGGCGCAGGGAAGACGUACACCAUGCUGGGCAUGGACGCGGAGCCCGGCGUCUACCUGCGGACCCUCAGUGACCUGUUCCGGGCCAUCGAGACGCGCGGCAGCACGGACUGGGGUGUGUCGAUGUCUUACCUGGAGAUUUACAACGAAGUGAUUCGGGACCUCCUGAACCCGUCCUCGGGGUUUCUGGACCUGAGGGAAGAUUCUCGGGGCAGCAUCCAGAUCGCAGGCCUCACGGAAGUCUCUACCUCUAACGCGCAGGAGAUCAUGCACCUUCUCACCAAAGGCAACCGGCAGCGCACGCAGGAGCCCACGGCCGCCAACAAGACGUCGUCUCGCUCCCACGCGGUGCUGCAGGUCACCGUGCGCCAGCGGAGCCGCGGCUCGGACUUGGCGGAGGGAGUGCGCGUCGGGAAGCUCUUCAUGGUGGACCUGGCGGGCUCCGAGCGGGCGUCGCAGACCCAAAACCGCGGCAAGAGGAGGAAGGAAGGCGCCCACAUCAACCGCUCCCUGCUGGCGCUGGGCAACUGCAUCAACGCGCUCAGCGAGAAAGGCGGCAGCCGGGCGCAGUACGUGAACUUCCGGGACAGCAAGCUCACGCGCCUGCUGAAGGACGCCCUGGGAGGGAACAGCCGGACCGUGAUGAUCGCGCACAUCAGCCCGGCCAGCACGCACUUCGAGGAGUCUCGGACCACCCUGCUGUAUGCCUACAGGGCAAAGAACAUCAAGACGAGGGUGAAGCGCAACCUACUGAACGUGUCCUACCACAUCGCACAGUACACCGACGUCAUCUCCAACCUGCGCAGGGAGAUCGAGCACCUCAAGUCCAAAAUUGAGAAGCAGGAGGAGGAGAAGAGAGGAGAACCCGGGGUCCAGGACGCACAAGUAAGGAUCCCCUCACACGAUGGAGAGGAGGAUAGCUGCCGGCAGAUGAACAAGAUCCGGGCGCAGCUCGUUGGGGCCUUCAAGGAGCAGCUGGAGAUGCGGCGCAGCCUGGUGGAACUGGAGAACACCAACAUAGAGCUGCACGUUGACAUGUCCCGCCACCUGCUGACCAUUGCAGACUGGGAGCGGGAGAAGGCCCAGCACCUCGUGCACAGGGACAGGACGCCGGAGGGGGACGAGGAGCCGGCAGAGGCGGACGGGGACGAGGGCGAGUCCGUGGAGCCGCCUGAGGUGGCCGUGGCCAGAGAGGAGGUCAACACGCUUCUGGCUGAGCAGAGGAAAGCUGCGGCCCUCAAGGCGGGGCUGGAGCGGCGUCUGGCCAGUGCCAAGGAGAAGGCCUCGCAGCUGGAGCAGCUGCUGCCCGCGCAGGCCAGCAGCGAGGACCAGCGGGAGGUGUUGCGGCUGCUGUGCUGGGCCCACGAGCUGGAGGCCGAGAACACGGAGCUGCGGGCCGACGGCCUGCGCAGGAGGAGUCUGCUGUGGCAGAAGGACUUCGUGAUCCGGCGCUACCACCAGCACCGGCGGCUCUGUGAGCAGCUCCUCCGGGACCAGCGGCAGCUGAUCGAGGGUGGUGGCAUCGCGGUGCCCAAGUCCCUGGACGAGCGGUACGGUCUGAUCCUGCGGGAGCUGGGUGCGGGCUCGCUGAACCGGCUGCUGCUGCUGCACUCGGUCAUGUCGAGCUCCCUGCGGGACGGCUUGGUUCUGAAUAAGUCCCCCGCGCCGCAGGAGGAGGCUAGCUGGGACUGGCCAGACGACAGGAAGGACCUCCCGUGGGGUGCCCAGUUUGAACUGCCGCUGAUGCUGCUGGAGGAGGACAGCGGUGGCUACACAUCGUCGCAAGCCACGCCAUCGAAAACGCUGGGAAAGCAGGAUUCCCUUCUCCCUCUGCCAUCCCUCCGCAUCCUGCUAACGCCUCCGGCUCAUGAGGCAGGCCCCCUGAGCGUGAAGAAUUUGGUCUCCAAGCUGGGCGCCCCCGCUGGCCUGGACCUGGGUGCCUCGCGGAUGGCAGCGGAGGCCGGCGGCCCGGCCCUGAGCGCUCAGACCCUCAAGGAGAUGGCCAUGAGCACCAAGAGCAUCGCUCUCAUCGCGGCCACCCGGCGCUCCAAGGCGCAGGACCGCGAGGGUGGCAGCGGCCGCUCCUCCCUCCACCUUCCAGAGGACAUGGCCCUGGACUCCAGGGACCCGAGCCCAGCAGACAGGAGGUGGCCCCACGCCAGCCCGGGCCGGGACCGUUCUGCGGAGAAGGCCAGGGGGAAGCUGUCACCCUCCCUCACCUGGAGCAUGCAGACGGUGACGGAGAACCCUCAACCCCCCUCCGUGGAGCACGUGGCCAAGAGCCAGCCACCGCCUGCACCCCUGCCGCUAACGAAGUCGUCCGGAAAGAGCUUCCUCCCUGCCGUCUCCACGGCCUCCAAGAUAAAGCCCAGCCCCAGUCUCCAUGCAGAUGAGAAGGUGCUGCGGAUGCCUGAGGUCACCUUCACCCUCCCCAGCGCCACGUGGCAGAGCAGCCCGGGCCCCCGCAGGACCCCGCUCGCGCCCCGGGACAUCCGAGGUCAGUGCCUGCCCCGCCCCCGCCUGCGGAUCGCCCUGUCCCUGCGCACGCGCACCCUGUGGCCACUCGCCACAGGCCCCUGCCACACGCUCAUCAGCCACGCUUGCCCGGUGGCUACUUAG